UCUGCCGCGGGUGGCACGAGCACGACGGCCGUGAGCCGGCUCUGCAUCCUUGGCUGGCCGUCCGGAGUGCGGGCGCACACUGACAACGAGCACUGAGAGUGAGAGAGCAGCUCGCGCCUCACCCAACAAGGUUUCCUUUCCUUCCUUCCUCGGUAAGCUGGCUGGGAUAUCGAUCGGAUCAGGGGGAACCGCCCCGCCGAGCUCCGGAUGGCGACGGCGCGGCCGCUCGGCGUGAGGCUCCUCGUCGGCGACGAGGCGCCGACGCCCCUCCAGGAUUCGGCCGAGGACGCCGCGGCCUUCCUCGCCCUGCCGGUCAGCCUGCUCGGCAAGGAGUGCCUGAUGGACAGCGCCGGCAACCUCUACGCCAGGGUCGAGGCCCUGCCCCGCGCGGGCGCGAGCGCGGGAGAGGACGCGCUCCUCCGCGCGCCGACGGGCGCGGUCGUCGUCGGCUCCGCCCAGCGCCUGCUCGCCCUCGCCGGGGCAAUGAGAGUGGCGGAGCGGCUGGCCGGCCGGACGGCCCCCGCGGACCGCGCCGAGCCGAGCACCGCGGCCGACAUGGACAUCGACUCCGGCGGGGACGCCGUCUCCUCGAGCCAUUCGGGCAGGGAUUCGGGCGCCAAAAGGAGGCGCGGCGGCGGCGUCGACGAAGCGCCAUGCGUGCUCCAGAGGCCCGCGAAGCGCCGGAUCCUCGCGUGGAGGGUGCGCCGGUACCGGUCCCUGGUGGCCAAGGCCAAGGCGACGGCGAGGAGGGCCAGGAUCCGGGCGGUGAGGAGGAGGGCGCCCGCUUGGAAGUGCGUCCAGCGGCAGCUCGCGCGCGCCACCCUGAGCUGCGACGGCCUGCACAGAUGGAGCCCCGGCGGCGCCGGCGGUGGAGGAGGAGGAGCUGGUUAGCAAUAGAAAGAUCCGCUGGUAACUAAAUCAGCUCAAUCCUCAUGCUAAUUAGGGAAUGGGAUUAGCACCCUAGCAUUUUGUUUUCCUA